ACAAACAUGGCGCGUCAGCGCCGCACAUAAGUGUAACGGGUGGACGCCGUGAGCAGGACAACAUUGUCGAUGAAAGAAUUCACCUCUCUGUCGUGAUAUUUUGUUGUCUGUACAAAUUUCGACUUAUUCUACGCAAUGAAUCUUUGAGGACGUCGAUUGAGGACACGAUAGGACAUUUCAUCCGUUCAAAACGAGGCAGGACGAGGUCCAUUUCGAUCAUCGCAUAGGACGUACAUUGGCAAAAAAUGUCACAGGACGACGUUGGAUUUUUGUAUAAAACUAUGAUUGAGAGGGAUCCUAAAAAGAGGAAGGUGAAACCAGUUGAAUCAGCACAUCAAUCAUUAUUGGAUUUUGACUUGGGUGAAAGUUCUGAUGAUAGUGAUUUUAGAAUUGAAGACCAUUCUGAAGAAUCAGAUGACGAUUCAGUUGAUUCUAAUGAUAUUGGAAAAGAAGAAGAAGGUGGAUCUGAAGAAUCUGAUGAUGAUCUACUUGAAGAUCCAUUAUUAGGAGGAAAACACAAUGCUAACUUGACUGUAGGAGAUGUAAUGGAACAAGCACGUCAACAAGCUUUAAAGAGUGGUGUGUUUGAGGAAAAGUUAAAUAAAUUGUUAAUUUGUUGUGGUUGUUUGGGAGACAGAAGUGAUGAUACAAAUGAGAUCGUUGAAUGUGACGGUUGUGGAGUUAGUGUUCAUGAAGGUUGCUAUGGUGUAUCUGAUGUAGAAAGUUUCUCCAGUACAGACUCCUUAUGCCAAUCAGCACCAUGGUUCUGUGAAGCUUGCAGUGCAGGUAUCGAAGAUCCAUCGUGCGAACUUUGUCCAAACAAGGGUGGAAUUUUCAAAGAGACAGAUGUUGGAAAAUGGGUGCAUCUAGUAUGCGCCCUUUACGUACCUGGUGUUGCUUUUGGCGAAGUGGAUCGAUUGACAAGCGUAACGUUAUUCGAGAUGCAGUACACUAAAUGGGGUGCGAAGCAAUGUUCAUUAUGCGAAGAUUCACGUUAUGCGCGUACAGGUGUAUGCAUUGAAUGCGACGCUGGAUUGUGUCAUACAUAUUUUCACGUAACCUGCGCUCAAAGAGAAGGUCUACUAUCUGAGGCGCACAGCGAAGAAGUUGAUCAAGCCGACCCGUUCUAUGCGCAUUGCAAGUUGCACUCUGACAAGUCUCUCGUUCGCAGACGUAGACGAAACUUCUUAGCUUUUCAACUGCGCGUACAACAGCGACAGCAAAUGCUUAAACAGCCUAAUCAUUUAGACACAGACGAACAUCGUAGAAUCGUAAGAAAAUUGGGGAAGCACAGACACAAAUAUCUAGCACACAAGGCGUCACGUCCACCACCAUGGGUACCCACGCAGAAAAUGCCACGUUUAUUGACUACAUCCGCAUCCGCUUGUCGUCAACUAGCAAAAAAAGCCGAACUGAUGGACGUAGAUACAACUGCAUUAGAAGCGCAAGAAGCUCAAGUGGUGGCAUUAGUCGAUGUUAGAAAGAAAUGGCACAUCGCUCCUGCCUUCAGCGUGGAAUUUAUUGGUUAUUACUUGGAUCGUAACUUGCGGGUAACUUCUAUGAAGAGACGGCUGCAGGAACUUCUUGAUAUAAAUUCGCAAUUGUUGAACGAAGAGCAGAGAAUGGAGCGAAAGUACAAAGAAAUAAAGAAAGACAAAGAGGAGCGGGUCCGAGUGAAUGUAACGUUGAAAGAAAAGAUCGAGAUGUAUCAUCUGGUACUUAAAAACGCUGGUUACACGAAACCUUUGCCGUUGAUAGCAGACUUACUGACUAAACCAAAAAUAGCGCCUUCACUUGGUACUGGAACAGGAGGUACACUAGGUGUACCUACGGCUGCUGCUUUGAAAAUGGGAGUCGGAUUUCCAUUGUCUAUGGGUAAAGGUGCUGAAGGUGCACGCGAGGGUAGAGUGUUGAGUAGCCAAGCGCAAGAACAAAAUCACAAAGGCGAGCUAACUUUGCGACACCAGUGCGGCAUCUGCAGACGAUCGACUAACCAACAUCUUCUCGCUAAAUGUGACACAUGUCAUUUGCAUUACCAUUUGUCUUGUUUGAGUCCGCCUCUAUCACGAAUGCCUAAGAAAACUAGACUGAUGGGAUGGCAAUGCUCUGAGUGCGAUAAAGAAUCCUCGGGCUCGGAGGUGGAGCGUGUAGACACAUCGGCACCGCGCAAAUUAAGGCAUUGUAAGGACGACGCUAAUAUGACACUCACACCACCACAAGAAACAUCAGCAACGCUGAGCACACCUACUACAUCGAAGAAUUCGUCCAGCAGUGUGACCAACGUCGCUGUUCCUGACACGCUCACGACACCAAAACUAACUAUUAAACCAAUGGGACCGCAACCUUCAGUCGUGGAACCCGUCCAGACAGCUGAAUCGGUGUACAAUCAACAAUCCGUUAAUAACAUUACCAUAACAACGCGAGCAGGUUCGCCGGAAUACAUGGUAGCUUCAGCAGACGGAACGGAAUCAGUCUCGCAACGAAGCGGAAAGAAAAGGAGAAGGGAAAAGCACAAGAGAUAUACUCCUGAUCCAAUAACCGGGAUCAAACAGAGAAAAAGGAAGCACAAGAGGAAAAGUCUUGAUAUAGAAAAUCCAGAACUGCAAGGCCAACCAGAAGUUCACCGGAGGAUUACGAUAAAAAUAAAACCAAUUCCACGACCGGAAGGCGAUGUGGCCUCAGAAUCAAGUCCGCAAAUGUUUGUGGCCACUUCCACGAGUACCGAAAUCACACUGCCACCGCCGCCACCUCUGCCGCCGCCGGCUGCAAACGUGCCGCCGCCGGUAAACGCAUCUGUGAAUAGCAGUAGUCGCUGGCCGACAGGAACUGCGAAGAAAGGGAAGGACACGGACCUUUUGACGCAAUGCAAUGUCUGUGAUACUCCCGGUACCAACCAGAAUCUCGUUAUGUGUGACGAAUGUAAGAAGUGUUAUCACUUCACUUGUUUAGAUCCUCCUGUGAAAAAGUCUCCGAAAAGGAGAGGCUAUUCGUGGCACUGUGCCGACUGCGACCCUAGUGCCUCUGAAUCUGAGACUUAAUAUCAACAAUUUUCUAUCUGCAGCUACAAUUCUACGUUUAUAUAAAUAAGACAUUCACACACACACGCACACACACAUACACACCCAAUGUCGUUACGUUUUUCUUUCUAUAAGAUAUAUAUCAAAGUAUAGAGAAAAUUUUCUGUAAUUAGAAACAAAAUGAAUUUUGGGAAUUAUUACUGAAAAUUCCACUCCAAAGUAUAAUUUAUUGGAGGUUUUACGUUAUAUUAUAGCACAGUUCGCGCUAUUGAUUUCUUAUGAAUUCUUUUACAGACUUUCAUCAUAACGCUUUAUAGUUUCAUAUAGCGCGUGCUUCUUGCGUAAAAGGUUUCUAAGUAAAUUGUAAAAUAAGAAAUAAAAGAAGUGUACAAAAGAGAAUAUUUUUGCAUAAAGCAAGAAGAUACGAUACUAUUUUAAAUGCAAAAUUACACAAAGUUCUGAGAUGAGCAAAAUAAUUUAUCCGCGUCCGAUGCUCAAGAAGAUAUUAAUACACGACAAGCAGCUUAUUAUUUUCACAGUGAAGUCACUGCGUCUAUAUUAUAUUUAGUACAUUCUAAGUCUAUAACUUACUAUUAUAGUAAAUAAAAGUUUAAUGUAAUUAUAUCCGUUUUCCCUUCUGGGUGAAAUUUUUGUAGGUUUACAAAAGAACUUUACAGUGUCGAAGACAGAGGCAGCACUGUAAAUUAUAUUAUGUUACUCCGAAAAAGUAGUUUCUUCAUUUUGUCCUGCAUAAAUCCAUUUCUGAAGUCUAUCGCCCUCAUAGGCGAAUGGCCAAAUACUAUCAGCUUCUUUAUCGAGACCCAGCUUGGGCCUUUACAUGUCACGAUUAGUGAAUUACUCUUUUUAUCAAAUCGCACCAAACCUGGAAGAAAGUUUCUCACAUUAAUCACGCACAUCUUAUUCAAAAAUAAUUAAAUUUUCAGAUGAAUAAUUUUUUUCCUAGGAAUAAACUGAGGGUUUAAACAGCGUUUCAAUUGUUGGAAUUAAUUUAGUGCCACACUGAAUCAGUACAGGGGUAAAUAAUAACAAUCACCUGGUACAUCAUCGUCCUCCGGAAUUGUUCUAUCAGUUGGUUUUGACACCUGCUGAACGUCGAGCAAUUUUAUCGCUGUGUCACCGAACUUGGUUGUUAACGGAUACAAUCCUAAAAGGCCGCGAUGCAGAUCAUACACAUUCUUCGCCGUCAUUUCGUCCCACUUGACCAAAGAGAUCUUUGAUGUAACUUUAGGUGCUAUAAUGUGUAUAAUUGUCAAAAAGAUAUUAAUGAGAAAAAAAUUCAAAUACUUUAAACACUGAA